AUGGACGGCUACGAUGCGAUGGCGAUGCCGUACAUGGGCUCGCCUCUGCCCAACAUCGCCCACGGCGACUUCUUGAACCACCAGAUGGCGUCCAUGGAGCUGCCGCAGCCCUCGCCUUAUGAUCCUGACGGCUUCCCCAGCGCGGACGAGAUGAGCUACACGCAACCGAUGUCGAUGCGACGGUUCUCGAGCAACCAGUUCGAAGAGCCGUUUCCAGAGAUGGCCGACAUGAUUCCCGCCGGCCACGGGGCCUUCGAGGCCGUGGCGCCUGAUCCGCUGCAGCAGCAGCAGCAGCAGCAGCAGGAGGACGCCUCGAUAGACCAUGGCCACAAGCUGCUCUCCUUCUCGAUGCCGGUAUACAACUUUACUCUGCUCGACUACUCGCUACGACGGACCUCGCUCUCGAUGACUGCGCAGCUGCACGGCAUGUUCUUCCUGGCAGAGUCGCCCUGGACGACCUCGCCGACGGGAGAGCCCGGCGCGACGACGGGCGGCGGCACCCCCCUCAGCCAGCACCAGCACCAGCACCAGCACCAGCACCAGCACCAGCACCAGCAGCACAGCGGCCCUCCUCCGGUCGCGGAGCUGACCUGCUACAGACGGAACCUGUUCCAGAUCACGGGCUCGAUCACCCUGCCGCGGACGCUGCGGUACAUCAUGACCGAGCAAGGGGACCGCAUACCGAUCCUGGCGCAGGAGCUGACCGUCUCUGCCACCGAGUCCGUGGAAGGGAACCCGGUCAAGAUCAUCUCGGUGCCGUGGAAGACGCCCGCGGCCAACGCGGCCCAGGGCCAGCAGCAGCAGCAGCAGCCAGAGGACAAGACGGAAAAGGAGCCGCCUGCCAUCGGGCUGGAUACGAUGACGGGCCAGGACACGGAUUCGGACUACGCUACGUUCUCGAUCGCGUGGAAGAGGCUGCAGUUCCGGAUAGCGACCGCGAACAACGGGCGGCGCAAGGAGCUGCAGCAGCACUUUGUGCUCCGGCUGAAGAUCAUGGCUACGCUGUCGACGGGCGCGAAGAUAUCCAUCUGCGAGACGCAGUCGGGCCCCAUCAUCGUCCGCGGCCGGAGCCCGAGGAACUUCCAGUCGCGAAAGGACCUGCCGCUGAGCGGGAGCGCGGCCGCCUCGCGGAAGAACACCCAGGCGGCCGCCGCGCUGGCGAGGAGCAACGCCGGCGCCUCGAAGACGGGCAAGCUGAAGGUCGAGUCCGACCGGGAACGGUCUACAUACAGCAAUAACCAGGACCGGUCUACGUACAGCAAUAACCAGGACCGGCCUACAUACAGCAAUAACCAGGACCGGUCCACGUACAACGCCAACCAGGACAGGUCUACAUACAACGCCAACCAGGACCGGUCUACGUUCAAGAGACGCCGUCUCAGCUCGAGCGUGGCGCCCAUCGCCCUCUCGUUCGUCGACGAGGAGGGCAGCGCCGGGUCCCCCCGUUCGAUAGACGUCCCUCCGCCGGCGUCCCUCUCGGAGGCAGCCCACGACGAGCCCGACCCGUCCAGGGCACGCAAGCGCCCUGCACCGCUCCACCACGCCGAAGCGGACCCCCUGGUUCCGGCCAUCAUAGGCGCGGGAGACGAGGCGCUGUACGAGUACUUCCCGCUCGCGCUGGACGAGUGGCAGGCCCCCGUCGACGCCGUCUACCGUCCGCACGUCGUCCACCACACCGGCUACGUCGACGACAUGGCGGCCAAAAACCGGAGCAAGCGCUACUUUGCCGGGGCCAGUUGA